GAUUGCACCUGCGGGACUCCAGCUCUGCAGGAGAGGCAGGCAGGGAGGGACGGACAGACAGACGGAGCCGCUCCUCGCCGCUCUCGCCUCCCUUUGAGCUUCCCAGUGCUCUGCCUGGGUGGAGGCCUGAGGCAUGGGGAUCAGGGGAUGGACACUUUCCACCUUCGUGGGAUGCUGCAUAUGGAUUCUGCAUGGGCUUGGGGCUGCUGCUGCUGUCCCCGCCACUACCGAGGGGCCGUUUGCUGUGGGGACAGCUUCUCCCAUCGUGGCGGAGACUGAAGGGCCCUAUACCCUGGUGAUGGGCACUGCAGAGACGAGCACCACAGUGGCCGAUGCUGAGCUAGCCGAGAGCAUCCUCACAGGAAGCCCGUCGAGCCCGUCCUUCCCUCCUGGGGCUGAGCCAGAUGCUUUGGUGACAGCAGCGAGCAAAUACAGCUCUACAGUACCAACUUUGACAAACGUGACCAAGCCUCUUAACACGUCUCAGGAUAUUGAGAGAGGUUUGGCUGCUCCCACUACAGCCACGACCGCUGCCGCCAUGUCUGCACAGCACCCCGCUGUCACCCCAGAAGCAGAGCUUGAUGUAACAGGGGCCACUCCUGACGUACCCUUGGGGACCACCCCUCUCUUUGCAGACGUGAAGGAGGAUAUCCUUGCAGCUGUGACCAGAGAAGGAGCAGAUCUAGACCCCACCACUGGUGUCGUGUCCCUCCACACCACUCCUCCACUGGCAGCCGGCUGGGAGGCGCAGCCAACUGCUGGCAGCCCCGUGGGCGCUGGUGUCACCGCGUUGCUGAGCCAAGAGCUGACCACAGCCACGGGAGCAGUCGAGGAAGGCAUAACCCUGCCUGUGGAUAUCCAAAGCAAAGCCAGUGACGACUCCUCAAGCCCCAGCCCUGGUGCUGGGGGGCUGCUCACAACCCAGCAGGAUGGGGCAGUGAGUGGGGCCGUGGGCAUCACCCCAGAGCCAGCGGGAGAAACAGCCCUGGCUGCUGAGGAACGUCCCUCAGCUUCAGUGCCUGGAGAUGCAGGAGAUGCAGUAAAUGGUGCAUUCAGCACAGCCAGCUCAUCCCGCCUGCCUCCGGAGAGUGUGACGGUGUCAGGAACAGUGGCAAACCCAGGGGACCCCUCCCUCCUCCCCAACCAGGCAGUGCUGAGCCCGACUGCUUCACUGGUACUGGCUGGCGGUGGGGAUGGGGAUGGGCAGGGAGCUCCUGACACAUCAUCGGACGGUCCUGAUUCAGCCCUGUUGCUUGCAGCCAGUGAUGUACCUGCAGUGACAGGGGACACAGCCACCUCACUGCUGACCCCAAGGGUUCCCAUUGAUGCAGGGAGUGACAUGAAUCCCCCAGCCCUGGCCACUGUGCUGCCCACAGGGGACAUAAGGGCUGUGGGUCUGGCUGAGCCAUCCCUGCAGCCUGCCCCAUGGCAGAUCCCUGCUGGAGAACAGCCACCACUGCUUACUACUGCCCUGCCAUCCUCCACGGACACCUCCAGCGUUUCUGGGGCUGUUUACCUAUCCCCAGGGGCUUCUUACCCACCCCCAGGCACUGGGGCCAGCACCCUGCCUGCAGCUGAUGAUGGAGCAGAGAUACCAGUGAGCCCUGACCUUGGUGCCACCCCAGAAGCACCCAUGUCUCCAUCCCUUGGAGGGUUGACGCCAUGGGGGAUGUCAGCUGGUGCUUCCCAGGGAGCCAGUGGACCCAGCACUGGCUUGAAUUCAGCUUUGGAUGCCCUCAACCCAGCGUCUUUUGUAUCUGAUGGACUAGCAUGGCGCACCACUGGGGUCCCACCUCAGGUGGCUGAGGGUGCAGGGGACACAAGACAGGCAGUAGGUCCAGAGGAUGGCAAUCCCUAUGGAGAUACCCAAAGUGACACGAGUUCUUCAGCUUUCAGCACUCAGCAGGACCCUGCUAACACUGGAGAGCUGCCGGCAGGAGGAACAGGGGGUUUGGCAAAUGCCGAACUGUCCCCUCCAUCAGCUCUUGGGGAUGGAACAGAAGCAGGAGCAGCCCCAGCACUGGGACAAGUGUCCCCACCUGGUUCCGCACCUCCUGGCAGUGCUGGGCUGGAGCCUGAAUUCUUGGGAGCUGAAGGACCAGGGGACCUGCCCAAUGAAUCCCCCAGCACUCCUGGGGCUGCUUACCCACCCCUGGGGGCUGUGACCAACCCCGUGUCUGGAGCAGAGACACCAGUGAGCCCCAACCUCAGUGCUGCCCAGGGAGCACCCGUGUCUCCGUCCCUCGGAGGGUCACAGCCAUGGGGGGCAGCAGUUGGUGCUCCCCAGGGAGCAGGUCUCCCUGGAGCUGAUGGACCAGGCACUGGCUUGACUUCUGCAUGGGGUGUCCCCAGCUCAGCGUCUUAUGGACCAGCAGGACCCCCAUCACCUGCCCUCGGGGACCAGCUUGGCACAAACCUGGAACUGCCGGCAGCAGAGGGACAUGGUGCUGGCACAACAGAGCCAGUGCUGGGAGGAGCGGGCAGUGGGACUGGGUUUGAGCCAUCCCUGAUCUCUGCUGCAGGCAGUGGAACAGCAGCUGGGAUGGAUCAACUGCCUGGAGCAAGUUCCUCAUCUGGCCCUUCCUCUCCCAGUGAUGUGGUCGCAGCAUCCUCCAUUUUGAGGGGUGAUGAAGCAGGACCCAUUCCAGCUGCAGCCUCUGGCCCUCACAGUCUGUCUCCAGCCUCUCCGGACAGUGAAACUGGCCCAGAGCUCAUUCCAGUGCAAGUGACUGAGAGCACGGGGAAUGCAGCACAGGCAGGAAACCCAGAGAGUGAAAGUCCCUACAUGGAGAUGAGUCCUUCAGCUUUCAGCACUCAGCAGGACCCUGCUAACACUGGAGAGCUGCCGGCAGGAGGAACAGGGGGUUUGGCAAAUGCCGAACUGUCCCCUCCAUCAGCUCUUGGGGAUGAAGCAGAAGCAGGAGCAGCCCCAGCACUGGGACAAGUGUCCCCACCUGGUUCCGCACCUCCUGGCAGUGCUGGGCUGGAGCCUGAAUUCUUGGGAGCUGAAGGACCAGGGGACCUGCCCAAUGAAUCCCCCAGCACUCCUGGGGCUGCUUACCCACCCCUGGGGGCUGUGACCAACCCCGUGUCUGGAGCAGAGACACCAGUGAGCCCCAACCUCAGUGCUGCCCAGGGAGCACCCGUGUCUCCGUCCCUCGGAGGGUCACAGCCAUGGGGGGCAGCAGUUGGUGCUCCCCAGGGAGCAGGUCUCCCUGGAGCUGAUGGACCAGGCACUGGCUUGACUUCUGCAUGGGGUGUCCCCAGCUCAGCGUCUUAUGGACCAGCAGGACCCCCAUCACCUGCCCUCGGGGACCAGCUUGGCACAAACCUGGAACUGCCGGCAGCGGAGGGACAUGGUGCUGGCACAACAGAGCCAGUGCUGGGAGGAGCGGGCAGUGGGACUGGGUUUGAGCCAUCCCUGAUCUCUGCUGCAGGCAGUGGAACAGCAGCUGGGAUGGAUCAACUGCCUGGAGCGAGUUCCUCAUCUGGCCCUUCCUCUCCCAGUGGUGUGGUUGCAGCACCCUCUAUUUCGAAUCCAGCCAGCCCAAGUGCCCUUGGAGAAGUGGGUGGUGCUCCUGGAGUUCCGCAGCCUUCCCUGGGUGCUGGGCCUGGGGUCCCUCCUGCUGCAGGAGAAGGGGCAGGUGAAGUGGCUGGUGACAGAGAGUCCCCAGGGCAGUCCCAGGCCUCUGCUGGAGGGGAACUAACUGGUUCAGGAGACCCUGACAGAGAAAUGGGAGCCAUGCUGCAGUCUGCAUCUUCUUCCCCAUCUACGGAGGGGUCUUCAUCACCUGGGACGGCUGGUGAGGCUGCCAAUGGAGCAAGCCUUCCUGGAGCUGGUGGAGCUGGCGGUGGCUUGAGCACAGGCUUGGAGGCUGCUGGCCCUGAGGAACCCCCUGUGUCUGUCCCUGGCAUCCAGAGUGGUGCCAAUCUUGGACUUUCUGAUGCAAAACUGAGCCAAGUCAAUGUGGUGGAGCUGCCUGGAGGAGCCUCGGUGAACGGGGGACCUUCCCCCGGUGUGAGCCUGGGAGAGGGUGCAGGAGCCAUCAUACAGAUUGCGUCAGGAGCGCUGGCCCCAUCUGCCCUCACCUCCUCCCAGGAGAUGCAGUCCCUUGUCCCGGUGGCUCCAGAUGGCAGUGGUGUCUCCGAUGGCACAGCUGCCUCGCUGGCUGCUUCUCUGCUUCCUCCUGGGCAUGGGCUGAGCUCAGGGCUGGCACCCAAUGGGGACCCCCACUCUGCCCCCAGCACCCAGAGCGGGAGCAGAGCCCUGGCACCAGGGGCACCGGGUGGGCUGGCAGGAGAUGCUGGAGGCACUCAGACAUCGUCUCUUGAAGACGAGGUGGCCUCAGGAAUGCCCGUGCCUUUGGGAGAAGCAUCCCCCCGUGUCCCCACAUCCCCCAAUGCUGCCCUGGCUCUACCUUCUGCUCCACAGAGAGAAAACGCUGCAGAGGGGGUGUCUGCCAGCCCCGGGCUUUCCGCUCCGCUUUCGACACGUGAGUCGGUAGCAGGGUCCUCUGCAGGGGGAAGGGGAGAGCUGGGUGCUGCUGUGUUGGGGGGGCCUGCUGUGCUCCUGCCUCCCCACCAGCUGGGGAGUUCUGGGGACCCCUUCAGGGAUGCUGACAGCCUCGUGCCUGGGGAAGCGAGUGCUGUCGUCCCUGGAGCAAUGGCAGGGCGAGGGGACAUGGCUCAGCUCCUUCCCAGCACAACUGGAGCUCGGGCAGCUGUGGAGACCCCCACUCGCUUCCCACCACAGGGGAGCCCAGGGCUCUCUGGCCUUCCUCCCACCAGGAUCGCUGCUGGCAGCCCUGGAUCAAAGGCCCCAGGGCCAGGACCUGCCAGUGGCUCGUCACCCGCUGCCCUGCAGCCGUUCUUGGGCAGCAAGGCAACCACCAGCCUGGCAAAUGGAGCCCCUGCUGUCAGUGAGUCGAGCCUCCCCACAGUCUUCCCAGGCCAGGGAGGAGCUCGGGGGGGGUCCCCAGCCACCACCCGCCCCGUCGUGUCCUGCAGCCCGGCUGCUGCCAGCCCGGCCCCACCAGCCCCCCUCCCUGGGGUCAGGGAGGUGCUCCCCAAGUCAGGAGCAGCCACUGUCACCUCCCGCACAUCGUCCCUCGUGUUUCCAGCUCUGCCAGGAAGGCCGGUGGCCACCCCGACCCCACUGCCCAGCCCCACAGUUGCAGCUGUGCCCCUCUAUGGGUACGGAGCAAGGGAAAAUGAUCGGGAGUACGUGGAAAGGAGGGUGGAUUUUAAUUCUCCACUUUUCAAGCCAGAGACUGGAUUCCCGUUUGGGAAAACCCUGCGUGACUCUCUCUACUUUACAGACAACGGACAAAUAAUUUUCCCAGCCUCAGACAACAGCAUCUUCACAUACCCCAACCCUCCUCCCAGGGGCUUCAACGGCCACGAAGACGUUCCCAUGAUUGCUGUGUUUUGGGACAACGCUGACUUCUCUAGAGGUGUCGGCACCACCUUUUACCAGGAGUUCCCCACCCUUAACACGGCCAAGCCUCCGUUCGUCCGUGACGUGGAAGCGAAGGUUCGGCGGUACCUGAGGUCCUCCUACUCUGCUGCCUGGACCCUGAAGAUCACCUGGGAGAAGGCACCUGCCUAUGCAGCACGGACCGACACCCGGAGGACGAUCACAUACCAGGCUGUCCUGACCACCGAUGGCUUCAGGUCCUACGUCCUGAUGCUGUACCAGGAGGGAGGCAUGCGCUGGGAUUACACCAGGCUCGCUGCCACCAACGUGCUCAUCGGCUACACCAGUGGGGAUGGCUUUUACCACAACGACGACCUGACUCAGAGACCUCCAGCUGCUAAAUAUCGCCCUGACCGGUUCAAGGGCUACAACACAGACCUCCGUGGGCUGUCGAUUUACAAGCUGGAGAGCCGCGUGGGCAUCAACUACCGGCUGAAGUGCCUGGCAUGGACGGGAUGGCAGCAGGAGCCGCGGACAUGGAGCCAGGGCCUGCCCACCUGCCCCUGCUCCCUGCAGCAAGGGCAGCAGGACCCACGCUUCAAGAGCAGCCGGGGAGGCUGGUGGGCUGCCCGUGUCUCCAUGCUGCACUCUGCCUCCCCCAACAAGCACGGUGCCGGUGUCCGCUGCCUGUACAACAGCCAGAGCCAGCUCAUCGAGGGUCGGCAGGAGAGGUACUGGAGGUCCUCCAGGCAGGCGUCACCCUACCGUGACCAGGAGCUGAAGUUGUAUGACUGGUGCUGUAACCAGGCAGGCAGUGCCCAUGUCUGCGCCCGCUACAGCGAGAAGAGACCGAAGAUCAGCUGUGAUGGAUACCAGUCACCUGGCACGGCAGGUUCCUCGGAGGAGGCAGACAGUGACUCAGAGGAGCAGAGAGAUGGAGCGGACAAGUAACUGGGGGGCUGCACACCUGCAACACGAUCUGGGCCAUGAUUGAUCCUCUGAGUCCUUUGCUCCUGCUCAUUCUGUGUCCUCCUGUUCCCCCCAGCACCCCUCACCCCUGCCUGCCAUGCAGGGCAGUUCACUUGGGUGGUGCCUGCAGUUGCCUUCACUGACACAAGUUCAUUUUUCUAACCCAGACUUGUCCCAAGACGUCAGUUGCUUUAGUCACCCUUCCCCAGCUGGAGCUGAGCGAGUGCCCAUGGGCACCUCCUUGCUGGUGGGGAGGUGGGCAGGUACCCCUCACUGUAUCCACCACCCCCAUCCUCCCUGCGCCCAUCUGUGCCCCCACACUGGCAGCUGAGUUUGGACCCACAGCACCUGGGUAAUGGGUUUUGCACCUCAUGUGGGUCAACUGCAGCCAAGCCCCCGAGUGCUGCGGUGUGCCAGGCUCACCCCCAUGGGCUGGUCCUGUCUUGUCCCCCACUUCUGUCCCCCAGCCAUCCCUGCCCCAGCAGUCCCCAGGCCCUGUGCCGGGGAGAAGAGGCAAUUCUCCGGAUCAAGCAGGAGUCAGCUCAACACCUCUGCUGGGUGUGCGAGGGCAAAAUGCAACCCUGUGAUCAGAAAUGUUGGGAGAAAAAUAACUUUUUUGUGUUUAAGAGAGCAUCUGCCUUUCUUUAAAAAAAAAAAAAAUCCUUGUCAAAUCUUGUUUGUUCAAUAAAGCCUCUGAGGGGGUCUGAGCAUCACUGA